AUGCAGACAGCCAAAGAUGUCUCGCCUGAGAUCGAGGAAGGCGAGAGUCACUCAUCCAAGAGUCACAAGUCUACUGAAGACGUCUCUGCGUCGGAGCCUAAGAUCGAGGAAGGCGAGAGUCACUCGUCCAAGAGCCACAAGUCUACUGAAGACGUCUCUGUGUCGGAGCACGCAACUGGCCACUGCUACUGGGCUGGCACCGCACCAUUCUGUGACGGAAAAUGCCCGCAUGGCUACAACGAAUGCCGGACUCAUGGCUGUGGCGACGGCUCUUGCUGCGUGUAUGGCUGGAAAAAAUAUUGCUGCCAGAACCAAGCCUGCCCCGCGGGUACGCACAUCUUCAAUGCGGCGGAGCCUGAGAAUGAGAUCAAGCAACCCGAGGGGGAAGACUACUCCGAGAGCCACACACAGUACAGGACAAGCGACGAAAACGACGACCUUUGUGGACCGGACAAGGUCAUUUGCUGCACGCCAAAUGCUAGAAAAAAUGGUGACUGCGACUGCGUUGACAAGAAGGAGAGCAGUAUCUCCGCACCUCGGCUCGAUUCUAGCCAUCAGUGGACUUUGAAUGAACGCGGUGCCCAGGCACUUGCAGCCCCUGCAAAGGCAAACUCGGAUGGCGCCCAAGCUAAUGCUGCCGGUGCUCGGGCGGAUUAA